AUGUCUCUAGAGGAAUUCCUCGAUUAUGCACACCAAGAAGCCAUCCAGCUCUUCCCCUUCCUGGACAUCCCAUGGGGUGCAUACUUUGAGCUCACUCGCAUCAGUCACCCCGAUGAAGCCAUAAUGGCCGUUCUACUCUACAGCGUUGGUCUGGUAUUUUCUGCGACGCUUCUAUUACCUAUGCUACAACCCAAGGAGUUGCUGCGGCUAGUUUCUCGAUCCGUUCUUUGGGUAUACUAUAUGCGACACGCCCUCUGUGCCUUCAAAGACGCCGUCGACUAUGAGUUUGACCGACGUGUUCGACGCCGCCAGUCGCGUCCCGUUGCGCGCUGGGCUCUUACACCAGAAGAGGCCUUCAAUUUCAGCAGUAUUUUGCUGCAUAUUGGGACUUUGGGUCUUUUCUUCCUUCCUAGUGAGUCGCAUGGGCUUGGGGUUAUUGUUAUUCUGGUUAUGAUGUUAUACCCAUUCGGCAAACGAUUCACGUUUUUCCCACAAUUCAUCAUGGGAUUUGGCUUCACACUGAGUGUCUUCAUGUCUGGAAAAGUCAUCGGUGUCGAUCUCUCACCAGGAUCGGAAGAUUUCUGGUCUGCGCUUUAUCUCGGUAUAGUCUGCAUGCUCCUUGCCACGAUCGCCAAUGUGGUCUACACCUACCAAGAUAUGCGAGACGAUGCCCAAGCCGGAGGGAAAUCUAUGGCUUUGAUGAUGUCUAAUCGGCCAAAGAUAUGGUUAUGGGCGAUGACUGCUGUGGUCGAGGUUCUACUGUGGAAGAUUGGAAAUUUGAGUGACUAUUCUAUCCUUUACAACAUCAUUACUUGUGGCGGUUCAUCGUUUGCGCUCUCAGCACUGGUGGCGCUUGUCGAUUUGAGGGUUGCUGCGGAUUACGAAUGGUGGUUUAGACGUGGUAUGAUAGGGAGUGUUUUCUUUAUUAUUUGGGGUCUAUACAUGGAGUAUGUCAUACGACUAUACGUAUUCUCUUAG